UGUUUGCUAUCAAAGUGGAAGUUCUAGACCAGUUCUAUCCCACUACUGACUGGUACAGAUUUAUAAAUCAUACUGGGACGGACAGCGAGCGAUGCCCCUGUUUCGGCAGCCGGAGGUCAGGAGCGAGAGGGAGAAACAGAAGCCGAAGAAAAGGAAUCGAAAGCACGAGUGUGACGAAGACGAGGAUCCUUCAUCCCUGAGGCGUCUGUGUAUCCUCAACCUGGCUGAGAACAUGAAGGAGGUGUGGACGCAGGACUACGCUCAGAAUUACAUGGAUCGUUAUUUCUUCAGAUACAUCAUGGGACCCUUCAGCCUGCUGCCUGGAGAUCUGAUCGAGGAGCUGCUUUAUGUUCUAUCUAAGAGGAAUCUGAUUUCGAGGGCAGCGCUGCACCUCCUGCUGCUUCCUCAACUGAACUCGCUCUCGCUGUCGCGCUGCAGCAACCUCGUCACUGCCAACCUCUGUGCCCUCGUUUCGGCACGAUGCCAGUCUUUGAAGUCUCUAGAUCUGAGUGGAGCUCUGAACGUUUCCCCAUCAGCUCUGUGUUCCCUCCUGAGCGGUCUGUCCCGCCUGCAGUCGCUCUCUUUGUCUGGAACUCCUUGUGACCCUGCCGUGAUCUCAACCAUAGCCCGGGAGUGCCCAGCUCUCCAUCACCUGGACGUCUCCCGGUGCCUUCGCUUGCGCCCGGGCUCCUUGCUGCCCCUGGGAUGCAGAGGGCAAAACCGUCUCUCCAGCUUGCUGGCGACAGAUAUCGGCAUGGGGGAGGGUGAGAUCGACGCGUGUGCUGCGGCUGCUUUUCUGAUGCUCGGCGUGCCCGGUCUGCGGCGCCUGGCGUCUGAGGGAGUCGGAGGAGCUUGCGAGGUGUUCGAAAAUAAGGCUUUUGAUCUGACGGAGGGGUUUACCUGUAGACAGGGGGUGCCUGGUCUUAAGGAAUUAUGGGACAGGAGAAUUGGUGGAAAUACGGAGACGGAAUGCGUCCAACCAGCGGAUGAUAGUUUCACGUUGGAGGAGGAACUGGGAGGGUUGUGCUUAGAUAAAACGAGGGGCAGUGAAGAGAAGACUGGUGAGUUUGGGUCAAGAUCGCCAGAUACCUUCAAACUACGUCUUCGAGAGGUACAAGGUGUGUCUCUUAAGAGUCUACAGGCCGUUGCCAACUUGUGCCCCGAGCUUUCGUCUAUUUCUCUGAACUGCCACGACGAUUUUAACGACGAAAGUGAGACCCGCAGCACACUUUUAACCCAAGGCCUGGAGAGGUGGUCGGGUCGCCUGCUCUCCCUGUCCCUGCAGUUCCCCGGACCUCUCUCGGACUUGGUUCCGGCUCUGGAGGCUUCCGGGUCGAGCCUGCGCCACCUCACUCUGGAGGGGGUCCAAGCCGACGGGAAUCUUCCCUUCCUAGCCCUCGUUCGUGCCUGUCCCAAACUCAACACCCUCGUGGUUCACAUCGAUCCUCCACCAUCAAACCAGGAAUAUGAUGAUGAUGAUGAUGAAGGUAUAGAAGACUGGAGUCUACCGUGUCUUCCAGACCUCCAGACUUUAACACUAAAUUUCUCGCUGGACGAGAGGCAGCUGAGGCCUGUUUUGUGCUGGACGGCCCUGAAGGGGGUGCUGUGGUCCUUGCUGAGGGGCGCCCCGCACCUCCACGCGCUGUCCCUGGUCGCCGCACCAUGCCGCCUGGAUCCCGUGUUCCGACUGGUCCUGGGUCGACACACCGAGCCGCUGCGGCGCCUCAGACACGUCAGCCUGAAGCGCUCGGACGUCACGGCGGAGACGGCGACGCGACUCGUGCACGCCUGCGGCCGCCUGGCCACCCUGGACGUGAGCGGCUGCCGGUCCAUGAGCCUGAGCAACGUCAAUAAGUUAGAAAGCCGAGCCCGCAGGAGGCGCCACAGACUACAGAUCACAUGGACGUGAGGAAAACGGAUUGAAAUGUGUUUUAAUUUAUAUUAAAACAUUACACUACAUGGCCAAAAGUAUGUGGACACCCUGUCAUCUCUGCAAAACAACAGACGGUGGUGGGUUAGUGGUUAAGGGUCUGGACUUCCAUUAAUUUAGCCACGUAGAGUAUCUACGAGAGUAAACUGAAAUACACGAAUGAACAAUGUUGAUGUAUUGAUUUGCCCCCUACCCCACUUUCACUUCUUGUUUGAACCACGGUUGGCAUUUAUUACAACCUGUACUCCGUUUGAAUGUCUAAAUAAAUUAUGCACUUAUUAA